AUGGCGCGAAGACGGUAUUGUUCCCUGAUUCGCAGACUGACUUUUCCCCCUUCAAAGUCAGGCUGCACGCAGGCUAACGAACAAUUUGAUGGGGAUAUGAUGAAAUACGCGGACGACACUAAUGUCUCAGAACACAUCGUUGAUCACGCAGAUAUAACAGUUCUUUGCAAGACGUAA